GUCCGUCCGUUCGUCCGUCUGCGUGCGCGCACAUGUCCGUCCUAUACAUGUAAUACGUGGUUAUUAGUGAAUACUUGUUAAAAAAACUGUUAAAUAUUUAUCCGAGUAUACCGAAUUAUUUACACUUAUCAGAAGAUAAGAAAACUUCACGUCGUCCGUUUACGUUUUUACUGGUUAUUUCAUUUAUACCUCCGAGUCUCUCGUUGAAUUCGUUAGCCUAUGACCGUUUUUUAGUUUUUGUUUUUGUUUUUUAACGACCACCUGUUGAAGAGUCCAGGAGGUGUCUUUAUAUAAUAAUUAUAAUACAAAGUGUUUUUGCGAAUUUAUAACAAUACGUGGUGUGUUUGUGUGUGCAUGUGACAUGGAUAAAUGAUAUAUAUAUAUAUAUAUAUGUAUAUACAAUUUUGAUCAAGAAACAAAAAAUAAACAUAUAUUGACGGCCACGCACAGUGAAUUAACCACAAUUUAGCAAGGUGAUGAAGACUAAUUUCUCUUGUGCGUAUUUAUGUAUCCAGUUUCAAACUAUCUAGUUUCCAAUGGUUACAAUUGUACUUUAGAGGUCAGUACCACAUAAGAUGAUAACCACGACGAUCCAACACACAUCAGGUGCAGAUGAACAGCAACCGACUGCGCGGACAGCACUCGAUCGCAACGGAGCGGGACAGACGUCCAGUAGCGACGGCUACGACCACGUUGUUGACGCAAUGCCGCCGCACUGAUUUCGGAAUCGGAGUCGGUUGCGGCGACGCCGUACGUCUACACACUGACGGCGGCCGAUCAGUAUUCCGCGACAGUGUAGUCAACACCAAUAAAGAAUUAUCGAACUCCGCGAUGGCCGCAUCCGUAGCGUUGCCCGAAAGGUAUCGACAGCCAACGUCCACGGUACCGGCCACCACCCAUCAUCAGGCCACGGCGAUGGCGACCAACGGUGACCGCUCGCAGCAUCGUCGUCAUUAUCAAAACGGUUACCGGCCACAUCACGCAAAGUACAACAGCGUGUCAGCUGGAAGCGCGCUGUCCAAGUCCAUGAGAUACGCCGACGGUUGGCUAUACGAACGAGAUGUAGGCGGCGGCGGUGGGGGUACAGUGGGUCGUCACUCGGCAGCGGGUGGCCGGAACAAGACGCGCAGCACUUUCUUGGACCGCGACCACUUCGGCACGGUCGCUGCCGCCGCCGUGGCCGUAGCCGCCGCAGCAGCCACAGCGGUUGCGCCGUCGUCCGAAGACCCAUACGAACGUGUCCGCAAGAACCGCAUGGUCAACACGUCCACCGUGGUUGAAAAACUUGACCGGAAACGGAACCGCAGCGGUUCGCCGAGGACGCCGUCUCCCGAUUACGACGACACGGGUUCGGGCGGUCGCGUAGUCUCGUCGUCACGUCGAUCGAUACUCGAGUGCAACGUCAACCCAUACGAUCUGUUGCAGCACACCUCCGACAACGAUGACAACGACGGCGAUGUCGAUGGAGACAGUCCAAAGAGAAUGUCGCUAAAAGAUAAGUUCAUGAACCGCAUACAGGAUACGGUGUUCAACAAGAACAAAUCGAGUAUAGGUGGUUUUGGAUCGUUUUCGUCCAAUGGAUUGUCCAAAAAAAUCGUGAUGGACCGGAACGCGAGUGGAGGCGUCAACAUCGCCGGACACACGGUUCGACUGUUUAACGGUAACAAGUCUCCUGCCGGCCACGAAAGCACGUCCUCGGUGUGGUACGACGACGGAUCCACUUCAGACGUAGCCACCACAACGGCCGCCGGAACAGAUCAGUCGCCGGUAAGGCCUCCCCGUCGCCGUUGCAAAGCAGCCCCCGGCGUCCAUUUGUCCACAGGCCCAGCUAAGCGGUCUCACUCGUUGACAACAUGCGGCAUGACCACCAUAUCGGCCGAGAUCAAGUCUAUACUGAAAAAGCCAGCGUCACUAACCACGGAUGACCUGAGUCCGGUCAGGUCGAGGACGCCGGUCACCGCAUCGUCAGUCACUGUCGUCGGUGCCAACCCGUGUAGUGGACUGCAAAAGAAAACAAAAAAACAAGUGCAAUUUGACAUCGUUCCGGUAGCCGUCGAAAAAACAAACGAAGACGAUAGCUGCCACUCGGAGACUGCAACUUUAGCAGUAACCGAAACCCGUGACGAACACACGCCGCCAACAACGCCUACACCACCAACGCCGUCGACUGCAUAUAACCUGCAGCAUCGGCAAGAUCAAAAACAAUUGUGCAGUGGUCCAGAUGCAAUCGUGGCAGCCGUUGAACGAAAACUAAAAAGAAGUCUAAGCGAUAGACAGAACUCGGGAAACACGACAGGAUCGGAUGAAGUAACCGUAUUCAACGAUACAAUGCGAAUUCACGUGAGGCACAAAAGCAGACCGGACAGUCGGGUGAUGUUCGACAGGCCAGCUGAACCACCUCCACCUCCACCUCCACCACCACCGCCAUCAUCGACGUCCACUCCAACAAUCACCGAACUAUUUUUGUGCGGAAGUAGAACAGGCAGCGUUGGUGUGGACAAUGACAACAGGACGGUGGUGCAAGUUUCGCCGUCCGAUGAGCUCAGAACGCGUCCGGAAUAUCCAAUCGAACCGGAACAAAAAACGUCCAUACUGAUCAACUCGAGCCCGGGACUGAAAACGUCGGUAAUUAUCGGCGAGGGCGGAGCGGCGUACGCGGCGUCAUCUGACAAUAAGGUGACCAUCAGCAUCGGUCCAACCGGAAAUACGGGCCGGGGGAACAGGUGCGGGAACUAUAAGAGUAACGUGACGGUAGUGGAUAGAGCUGGAAGCCGGAUGUCCGAUUUUAUCAAAAUGAACUACGACCCUGUGCAGGCAGCCCGCCUGGACGUAACACCACACGUAUGCGGCCGCAGGUCCAGCGGCAGUGACACCACUCCACUAGUCAGUCCGUACCGCGUGUCGGAAAUCGAAAAACACCACACAUCAGUCCACCCGAUGUCCGACACGGAAUCCAGUUCCGAAUCGUGUUACGCCUCGGCCAAGGAGGAUGCGUCCUACUCGUCCGCGUCGUCAGCGUCCACGUCGUCGUUCUCAUCCACAUCGUCGUCGGCUAUUGCUGCGGCGAUGGCAGCCGACUCCGAGCCUAUCUACGAAGAGAUAUCGGAAUCGCCCACGCCGCCGCCGCUGCCUUCGUGCCCGCCACCCGACCGCGCAGACCACGAGCCGGCCAUCGCAUUACCAUGUCGGUCGAUAUUCGAGGGCGCCACCAAGUACGAUAUCAUCAACUAUCUGGUGGACGCAAAACGUCGGUGCGGUUCACUACAUGACACGUCCGCCUGUCAUCCGAAGUUUGUCGUGGUCACCGACGAACAGGCGGCCGGAGAGUCGGACGCCUGCAGUGGUGGUGCGUUCAACGACUCGGGCGAGGAGUCGUCGUCGUACGGCGCCUGCGGCCCGGCGGAAGCCGCAAUGCUGCAGUCUGCUGACGCGGCUAAGAGAGCCGCUGUAGACAUCGAACGCAACGAUUCGGGCGUAGGAUCGGAGACCAGCCAAAGCUCGCGAAGCAAGUGGCAACAACAACAGCAGCAGCAACAGCAGCAUGAGACCCAGCACAGUUGCGAAGACUGUGACCAGCUCGUCGAAAUACAGACCACAGACGGUGGUAUAAUGUUUGCGCCACUAGUGUGCCGCAAGUGUCACAAACGGAGAGCCGAGCGGCGAGAGAUCAUAGCCGAAAUCGUCGAGACUGAAGAGAAAUACGGACGAGAUCUGGACAUUAUUACCGAAGAAUUUUACCGGCCCAUGAUGGUGGCCGGUCUGCUAAAUGCCGACCAGCUUACCACCGUGUUCCUUAACGUAUCCGAAUUGAAAGAGCACAGCGCCGCUCUGUCCCAGAAACUACGCGACGCAUACGAGAUAGCCAUCGAACAGGGAGACGAUGACUUGCUCACUGUAAAUAUCGGCCGAUUGUUCCUGGAAGCAUCACCGUCCAUGUUACAUGCGUUCCAGUCGUACUGCACUCGCCAGGGUAACGCUGCCUUGUUGCUCGCCAACCUAGAGAAGGAAAAAGAAUUGUUACGCAUAUUUUUGAGAGUAUCGCAGAUGGAAAACGCAGUGCUUCGCCGAAUGAACCUCAACAGUUUCCUAAUGGUGCCCGUCCAACGCGUGACUAAGUAUCCGCUGCUGUUGGCCCGUUUAUAUAAAGUCACGCCCGAACACCAUCUGGAAGCUCGGCAGACGCUCAACGAAGCGAGGCAUAAGAUACAAUUGCACCUGGAACACAUUAACUCCUUGGCGAAAGACAUCAGUUCCACGAAACUGUGGCGAAAAAUUUAUGCAAUCAACGGCAAAAGACCUGAUAAUGAGGACUUGGCCGACAUAAAAUUUCGCAAGGUGGCCGUGGACGUACUCGAAUGGUCGGGACUCGGUGAAGAAAUUCGGUUUUCUAUGGAAGGUCGGCUGCUGUACACACAACCGUCAGACCACAAUUGGCGACGAGGCGGCAGGACUAUCAAACUGAUGCCGAUAAAUGCGAUCAUCGUAACGUUGGGAAAGCCUAACGAAAAUUAUAACCCGGAUGCGGACGACAUCGCGUUUCCCAGACAGAACGGCAUCAGAGACGCUUCGUUGGUGUUGCUCAAAGAGAAGAGUGGCAGGAUAAGUUUGCUCCGGGAACCCAUGUACUUGGACCGAUGUGUAGUGUGCUGUGAAAGCGACUGGGACGAUUACUUUGAACUGCACGAAAUCACUACCAAGGACACGUACAUACUGAAAGGCCAGGAUGGCGAACAGACGAAAAUGUGGUACAAACAGCUGCAAUAUCACUGUCAGACACUUGGAUGCUGGAGGAAAAGACGAAAUGCCUUAGCAAACAUCAUGAUCAACAGAAACUGUACAUAAUUACACGAUCGCUGAUGCGCACAUAGCGCUUAUUCGGCGUUGUCGUUCUACGAUUAUCUACAUAAAUAUUAUUAGUAGUAGAAGUAGCUAUAGUAGUAUUACCAAAAAUACAAAUAGAAAUCGACAGUCGUUACCAAUUAUAUGACGAUUUAUAUUUUAACUUAAUAUAUUAUUAUAAAUUAUUAAAUAUAACUCGUAUUUUUUAUUUUAUUGUUCUGAAC